CGAAGAAGCAAAGAGCUCGCCCGCAUCCCCAACGCCGUGACAGCUCUCCUCGAAACCUAACCCAGACAUCAGACUUCUCACCCUGCAACGCCAUGUCGCUGGACCCGCCCACCUAUAUUCUCUCGCUCCAGAACAACAUCCGGGCCAGGCCCAUAUCGUGGGAGGGCGCAGUGCGGGCCAAGACGAUUACCGAUGCAGACCUCAAGAAGAUCAAGUCAAUUGACAAGGUGCGGAAGGAGCAGCGGAAACAGACGAUAGAGGGAGACAUUGACAGUUUCUGCUCGCUGUUGCUGGGCAGUCCCGGCUCACCCAGCAUCUUUGAAGCUGCUGCAAAGCGGCCAGAUAUCAUCCAGUAUAUGCUAGUACUGACAGGCGAUAUAAUUGACGAUAUCCCAAGUUUUACUGCGACUCUUGCGAAGCACCCCGCGCCCUUCCAGCCUUUCCUACCUCUCCUCAAGGCCUCGACGAACCCAGAAGACGCACUACCGCUACUCACAUCCGCCGUUCUCGCCAGCCUACUAGGCUAUGCCCUCACGCUACCGUCGAAGGAUAGCACGCAAAUAGACGAAGCCCUGCCUAAACUUUAUAGCUACCUCUCAGCACUCGCCAAGAGCUCCGAUGCAGGCCUCCAAGACAUCGCGGUCCAGGAAUACUCAGCGGUCCUCCGCACCAAGAAGUCACGGGAGAUCUUCUGGAAACAGAGGGAAGAAACUCUCAACCCGCUAGUCGACAUUCUGCGUGCAGCGGCCGGGGCAGGGAAGGACACAGACUCUACGUUAUGGAGCGGUGGAGCAAGCGUGCGAAGCGCCCCUGAAGGUGGUCUCGCUGGUGGAGUCGGCUUGCAGCUUCUAUACCACGUCUUGCUUGUGAUCUGGCAGCUCAGCUUCGAAGGAACUCUUGUCGGAGACGGAUUACACGACGAACACGACAUCAUAAUCCUUUACGUACAGCUCCUCCGCCUGUCCCCCAAAGAGAAAACUACCCGGCUACUCCUCUCAACCCUGAGGAAUCUCCUCAGCUCCAACCAACGCAAUCUGCUCCCCGCCGCCGUUCUCGCCCGCCUUCCUGCUCUCCUUACAAACAUUCAAGGGCGCCACCUCAGCGACCCCGACGCCGUCGAAGACCUCAAGUCCCUCAUCGAUAUGCUAGACGAAUAUACCAAGACGCAGACCACUUUCGACGAGUACGCCGCCGAACUGCACUCUGGCCACCUCCGCUGGAGCCCGCCACACCGCAACCCAACUUUCUGGGCAGAGAACGCACGCCGCAUACUCGAAGAGAAUAAGGGUGAGCUACCCCGCAAGCUCGCGGAGAUCUUGUCAAAGGGAUGGGAGAGCGACAAGCAGGUCCUCGCUAUCGGGUGCAACGACGUUGCCUGUUUAGUCAAGGAAGUACCGGAGAAGCGGGCUAUGCUUGAGAAGCUGGGGCUCAAGGACAGGGUCAUGGAACUCAUGCAGGAGGCGGACGAGACGGUGAGGUGGGAGAGUUUGAGAGCUGUGGGGGAGUGGCUGAGGUAUAGUUUCGAGUCGAAGUAGCGCGAACAUGUUGUGUUUGAUGCAGGGAGUGGGGAAUGAUCGAGGUGAACGGAUCUCGGUGUGUAUAUCUGUUGUCAUUAUGUGCUGUGCUUGGGUAGCAUCUUUCCGAAGCGCUAGAUGGUUAUGACAGACUUAUUGUGCAUCCUUCAUACAAUGUCUAAAAUGUAGCGAGAGAUUGGUGCCCUUGCAGAUAACCACCUGCUGACGAGACUACUCUUACCAAUCGUUGGCUACUGUGACUCGGGAUAAGUAUCAAGAAGCAGUCU